UAAAAGGUGACCCAUCUCAGUAAUGUGAAGUACAACCAUGAGUCCAUGCAUCUUCUCAAUCUUGGUGAUUUUGUGGCCGGUAAUGGCUGUGGAGAUGUUCACCUUGGAGGGCAAGCAGAUCCUCGAAACCUUGCACUGUCCACAUUGCGAACGCAUCCAUUGUUCCCCUCGUCGAGCGCUGAAGCUCCAGUGUAAGGGAGGAAUCACCACUGGUAUCUGCGGUUGUUGUCCAGCCUGUGCCAAGCUUGCGGGAGAAACCUGUGGAGGUACCUGGGACUACCUGGGGAAAUGUGAUGAAGGGCUGGUUUGCAUUUACCCAGAAGAAACUGAUGGAAAACCAGAGGCAGAACUCAAGGGAAUCUGCAAAUCAGUGCUGGAGGUUCUCAAAGCCGACACUUGCAGACCGGAGUGCACAUGGGAGUUCUGCAAGGCAAAUCCCAAUGAAAUAUGCUCAGCCAGGUCUGUAUCGUUGGAGAAGCGUGAGUGUGGAAGUCACUGCCAGCACACCACCUGCUCCAGCUGCUUGGUUCUCAGACCUCCAUCGUGUCCUGAGUCUUGUUCUCCAACAGAUCACGUGUGUCUGCAUCGCUUCGGCAGGUGUGUGCAAGGACACCUGACCCAAGAAACACAUCCACCCAUCUGCCACCAGAACCUACAGAAUAACUCUGAGGGAUUCUUUGUGUGUUUGGCCCCUACCUGUCCAACUGCAGCCAACUGAUUCUGCAUUUUAAGAAGAAUCCAAAUAAUGUAAUCCAGAUGUAAAAUGUAGCAUAAAAGGCAGCUAUUUUUAAUAAUGCAUUUCAUUACUGUUUAAAAAAAAAAAGAAUUCUGUGAAAUUACUUUCAUUAUUCUUGUACAGCUUUUGUCAUACAAUCUACAUUUUUUUUUUGUCAUUAAAACAUGUUAAAACUGCAUUUCGAUGCCUACCAUUAAUAUUUUUGUCAUAUAAUCAUGUCCGUUUUUUAAAUGAUGUAUUCUAAUAUUUGCAUUUGCGAAUGUUAAAUGAAUAAAACUAUUUUAAUUUCAGAGAUCACA